ACUUUUUCCUUCUCUUUUCAUUUCACCAAUUGAACUAUGCUUUCAUUUAUUAUUUCUCCUUGUCUAACGCAUUACAAACCGUGCGCGAUGAAUUUGAACUUGUGGUUUAAAGUAACAGAAGAAAAACGGGACAAGGUGGGCUAAGAAGACGACGAACAAAGAACAGUUUAUAUCUAAUUUUAUCCGUAAUCAUUUAUUUGUUAUAUCAGAUAAUUUGUUUUGCAUAGUUUACUACACAAAGUGAAAAAUACUUUAUUUUUUAAAUAACUUGAAAACGCAUUAAUAUUAAAAAUAAAAACAUACAAUGGAUUCUACUGAUAUAUUACACAUUGAAAUUUUACAAAAAUCUGAAAGUGCAUUGUCAAAAGAGGAAAUACAAACAAUUGCAGAAAAUGAAAUACUUAAUAUGGAGGAAGUUAUUUUAGAUGUGGAAUUACCUAUUACCUUAUCUGAUCAUUCUAAAAACCAUAUUGAAUCUGUAUUAUGUGUUUGCAAUAACAAUAAAACGCGUAUGAAAAUUGUUGGAGCCAAUUUACAAUAUCAUAUAUAUAGAAUGACAGAAAGCGAAUCUGCAAUGUCAAUUAUAGAAAAUGGUAAUGAAGAAUUACCAGCAGCCAAUCAAUGGCUUUUACCUUCCAAAGAAUUUCAUUAUCUAUGGGAAAACAUGUACUAUGACUCAAAUAUAAAGCAAAAUUUAUUAAAUUUUGUAGAAACAGCAUUAAUAUUUUCUGAUAAUCAAAUAAAUCCUAAUAUCAUAUCAUGGAAUAAAGUAGUAUUACUACAUGGACCUCCGGGCAGUGGAAAGACCAGCUUAUGUAAAGCACUAGCUCAAAAAAUUGCAAUUCGUUUUGGACAUCGAUUUACAUAUGUGCAUUUAAUAGAAAUAAAUAGUCAUAGUUUAUUUUCAAAAUGGUUUUCUGAGAGCGGAAAAUUGGUUAUGAAAUUAUUCGAUGAACUUAAAACUAUUCACAAUGAUUCUAACCGGUUAGUUUGUAUUUUAAUCGAUGAAGUAGAAUCAUUGGCACACACUCGUAAAUCCUGUGUUAAUGGGACAGAACCUACAGAUUCGAUACGUGUGGUAAAUGCUUUACUCACUCAACUGGAUCAAAUGAAACAUUAUCCAAAUGUUUUAAUUCUUACGACAAGUAACAUGACCGAAGCCAUAGAUUUGGCAUUUGUAGAUCGUGCAGAUAUAAAACAAUAUAUUGGCCAUCCCACAGAAGAUUCUAUAUACAAAAUAUAUACUGCUUGUAUAAAUGAAUUAAUGAGGACCGGACUAAUAGAGAUGGAAGAAAUACAUAAUCUUGCUUAUCUCAAAGCUCAUGGUUAUGAAGAAAAUUAUGAGACAAAACGCUCUUUAAUACUGCUGGAAAUAAGUAAACAAAGUUAUGGUCUAAGUGGACGUACAUUGAAAAAAAUACCAUUUUUAGCAAAAGCACUUUAUAUACAUUCAAAGAAAUCUACAUUGGCUCAAUUUUUGAGAGCUAUGCAUUAUUCCAUAGAAAAGCAGAAAGAUGAAAUUUUGGAACAACAACAAUAAAAGAAAACAUCUCUAUUUUUUUUAUUAACACGAAAUACGAUUUUUAAUCAUGCAAAAUGUAAGCAGAUAUAUUUGACCAUUAAUUUUACUAUUACGUGUUUUAAAUAUUUGAUAAUAAUUCUUAAUAUAUUUA